AUGUUGGUUCUGGAGGAGCAGGUCCUGAGGUUUGUGCAACAGCAGCUGCAGAAGCUCCUCAGGCUCCUGGCCUCAGAUUAUCCAGAAUGUUCUGAGGAGGAAGAGGAGGAGGAGAGCAGAGAGGUUCUGAACAUCACCCUGGACUUCCUCAAGAGGAUGGACCAGGAACAUCUGGCCCAGCGCCUGAGAGACAGGAGUAAAGUUGGAUUCAGAGAUAAACUGAAGUCUGAUCUGCAGCAGAGGUUCAGCCGUGUGUUUGAGGGCGUGGCUAAAGCAGGAGACUCCGCCCCCCUGACCCAGAUCUACACAGAAUUAGUGCUGACGAAGGGCGUGGCCGGCGUGGGGAAAACAGUGCUGACUCAGAAGUUGAGUCUGGACUGGGCUGAAGGCCGGGCCCACCAGGACCUCCAGCUGCUGUUCCCCUUCACUUUCAGAGAUCUGAACAGGUGCGAGGGUUCGCCGACACCGCAGAAGGAGCAGUACUUCAGGAAGAGGUUCAGAGACCAGGCCACGGUCGUCAUCUCCCACAUCAAGAGCGUCCGCAGCCUCCACAUCAUGAGCCACAUCCCGAUCUUCUGCUGGAUCCUCUCCAAGGUUCUACAGAAGCUUCUGGAACAAACAGAACCAGAGCUGCCCCGGACUCUCACACAGAUGUACGUCCACUUCCUGGUGGUGCAGGCCAAAGUCCAGAACAUCAAGUAUCAGCAGGGAUCAGGGGAGGACCUUCACUGGACUCCAGAGACCAGGGAGAUGGUGAAGUCUCUGGGAAAAGUGGCCUUUGAGCAGCUGCAGAAAGGAAACCUGAUCUUCUACGAGAGUGACCUGAGCGAGUGUGGGCUGGACGCUGCAGCGGCCUCAGUGUACUCCGGAGUGUUCACACAGGUCUUUAGAGAGGAGCCAGGCCUGUACCAGGACAAGGUCUACUGCUUCAUCCAUCUGAGUGUGCAGGAGUUUCUGGCUGCUCUUCACGUCCAUCAGACCUUCUACAGCUCUGGAGAGAACCUGCUGGAGACACCACACUCCUCUGAGAGUCCAAAGCCUGAGGCCUUCUACCGCUCUGCUGUGGACCAGGCCUUACAGAGUCCAAAUGGACACCUGGACCUGUUCCUGCGCUUCCUCCUGGGGCUGUCUCUGCCGACCAAUCAGAGGCUCCUUCAGGGUCUGCUGACUCACACAGGAAGUGACCGGACCAAUCAGGAGACAGUAAAGUUCAUCAAACAGAAGCUGGAUGGAGAGGGUCUGUCUGCAGAGAGAAGUCUGAACCUGCUCCACUGUCUGAACGAGCUCAACGACCAAAGUCUGGUGCAGGAGAUACAGAAGAACAUGAGAAGAUACCUCUCUGAAGGAACCAUGUCUCCUGCUCAGUGGUCUGCUCUGUCCUUCGUCUUACUGUCCUCAGACUCAGACCUGGAGGAGUUUGACCUGAGGAAAUACCAGGCCUCAGAGAACGCUCUCCUGGGUCUGCUGCCGGUGGUCAGAGCCUCCACCAAAGCCCUUCUUUGUGGCUGUGGUCUGUCUCCUCGCAGCUGUGCUCCUCUGGCCUCAGUCCUCAGCUCCUCCAGUCUCACACAUCUGGAUCUCAGUCACAACGACCUCCAGGACUCAGGAGUGGAGCUGCUGUGUUCUGGACUGAAGAGCGCCCCCUGCAGCCUGGAGACGCUCAGGCUGUCUGGAUGUCUGGUCUCAGAGAGGGGCGGGGCUGCUCUGGCCUCAGCUCUGAGCUCCGCCCCCUCCCACCUCAGAGAGUUCGACCUGAGCUACAACCAUCCAGGACCCUCCGCCGAGCUCCUGACCGCUCUACAGGACCAGCGCCCCCUGCUGUCUGUCAGGUUGGAUCCUGCUGGAGAGCGCUGGAUGGUUCCAGGUCUGAGGAAGUAUUCCUGUGACUUUGCUCUGGACCCAAACUCAGCCCACAGAAGUCUGCUUCUGUCUGAGGACCAUCGCACUGUGACUCGAGUGAGAGAGAAUCAGGAGUAUCCAGAUCAUGAGGACAGGUUCACAGACUGGAGUCAGGUCCUGAGCUGCACUGGCCUGAGGGGGCGCUGUUACUGGGAGGUGGACUGGAGCUUGGAGGUUUAUAUAUCAGUGAGUUACAGAGGGAUCAAACGGAAAGGACGGGGACCAGAGAGUGAGUUUGGACUCAAUGAUCAGUCCUGGAGUCUGGGGACAGAUGAUGAUGGAGAAUACUACAUCCAUCACAACGGCAUCACAACACAACUCCCCCGCUCCUGUCACUCAGAGAGAGGGGGCGUGUCCUCAGGCAGAGUGGGCGUGUUCUUGGACUCUGAGGCUGGAGUUCUGUCCUUCUAUCACAUCUCCUCUGAUGGAGAACUGGUCCACAUCUGGACCUUCUCGUCGUCCUUCUCCGAGCCUCUGUUUCCAGGGUUUGCUUUGUGGGAUGUUGGUUCCUCAGCGACUCUGGUGAAAGAAAUGAGACAAAACUGAAGAGAAACUGGACUUGUCGCACAGUGAGACCAAAAGACAAAGAGAAACAAGAACAAAAUGGAGCUUCAGUGUCUCUUUUGAAAAUUGACUUGGACUCAAAUAAAAACUCAGAAAAUGAACGAGGCCAAAGCGACUGGACUGGGGCAGUUCUUCACUCUGGAUCUGACUGUUUUGGACCAGAAAGUUCUGUUGGGUUUAAUUACAGAGGGGCUAUGUGACUUUGUUUCGAAUAAUAUCUGUCAACUUACUCUUACAUAAUUUGUACCUUGUUUCUGAAUCCUUCAUUUUAAAUUUUAUAAAUUGUUUAUAAAGAUAUUUUUUUCUUUUCAUAAGCGUUCUGUAACACCUUUGUUAACCAAGGACAAUUUGGGUUUGUUUUUUUGGUUCCACAUUGUUGAACAGGACAGAGUUUAUUGUAUAAUGUUAAAACUAUAUCUCAAAAAUGA